AUGCUAUUUGCAUUUCACGUGUUCCUAUCCCUGGUAUUCUUUACCUUGUUGCAUCCCGUUUCCUGUGACUUUGAGCCUAUCACUGGAGAUGAUGCCAAAUUUUGUCAAGGUGACCUUCAUGUAAUCUACCCCAGUUUGGGAGAUGUUUCUUGCGUGUAUGUACCGUACUGCUUUGGAAAUUAUCAAUGUUUGAGAAAAGUUCUGGGCUCUCCAUGGAUACAAUAUCCUCAUGCUAAACCAAAGAAGCUGUACACCUUGAUAAUGGUGGAUCCAGAUGCUCCGAGCAGAUCCAACCCAAUACACAGAUUCUGGAGGCACUGGCUGGUAACAGAUAUUCCUAGUGAUGUUCUUCUAAGAGGAAAAGAAGUAACUGGAACUGUUGCUUCUCCUUAUCAUCCACCAAGUCCACCAGCUCAUAUUGGAUAUCACAGAUACCAGUUUCUGCUGUACGUUCAAAAUCUUGGCAUCUCUCCUUCUCUCAACCACAGUGAUAGAUUUCUGGGUCCCUGGGAUGUCUAUGCUUUUGCCCACCGCUGCGGACUGAAAGAUCCUGUUGCUACAACUCAGUUUAUGACCAGAAAUCCACAUAUGUAG